CUUCCAAUCUCCUCGAACAUUGUGCCCUCCUCUCCCCACUAGCAAUCUCUCUCAAUUUCUACAUACUAAGAACAAGGUGACCAUCGCCAUCUCCUUAUCUCUCCUGAUCAAUUUCAUCGUGCACCAGCUCGCACCACCACCAUGGCUACUUUGAUCAUGGACUCCUCAAGACCAUACGCACAUUUUUGGUAUACGUGUUUCCUCGUUGUGUGUGCUUUCUAUUUCCCCCUUGAGUUUGGGUGUGACACUAACCCAUGCUUCCUUUGGAUUCCUCUGUUUCUCUCUGUCGCUACCCCCCUCGGGACUCGCCACAUUUCCGAUGCCGAACCCAGAAUAAGGGCCUUUUCCCUGACCACUUUUCCGAGAUUCAUCAGAAGUGCGCAAAAGACCAAAAAGGCCAUCCCUCGUGAACACCAAAGUUGUAGUCUUUGUAGAAACCGUCCGAGACCAAAAUGGCGCCACCUGAUAAAGCACUGCAUGCAAAAACCAGGACAAGUGUUUUAGGAAAAAGCUUCGAGGAACUUAGGUGUGCGGUAUUGGAUUCACCACAUCGCUUCAUUGGCUGCAAAACCCAACUGCACUUUCUCUCGAUUAAAGUCUGUUUCUGGUUCCCCUGUCUUCUUCUUCAAUCUUCACCACGUGGUCUUAGUCUCUGUACUAUAGUGCUUACUAUAAUUCCCCAUAAGAUGCCUCCUCGGUCUCUCUAUUUCCCUUAAUGGGUUGCUCUUGUUCUUGUUCAUUGUGGUGAAUCUUUCUGUCAUCUUGGUCACUCAUGGCUGCUUCUAUUCUUUGGCUUCGCAAGCUGUUGUAUGUUCAGCCUGUGAGGUGCUUGGCAUUGUGCUCUGAGUCCUCUGAAACCAUCAAGGAUGAGGCUGGUGUUGAAACCCCGAAGAAGUUGGCAAAUGAAGUGAAAGAGAAGCAGAGGACCAAGAACAAGAACAAGAACAAGAAGCAACUGAGGGAAUGGAGUUGCAUACAUAACUGUUGUUGGAUGGUUGGGUUCAUCUGUACAACUUGGUGGCUUCUGUUGUUUUUGUACAACAUCUUGCCACCUGCAUUGACUGGUUUUCAGGUGCCAGAAUCACCUGGAAUGAGGCUAAGGCGCGAAGGCGUAAGCCCGCUUCACCCGGUUGUUAUGGUCCCUGGCAUUGUAACCGGUGGCCUAGAGCUCUGGGAGGGCAGGCCUUGUGCUGAAGGCCUUUUCAGGAAGCGACUUUGGGGUGGUAGUUUCUCAGAGAUAUUCAAAAGGCCUAUGUGUGUUUUGGAGCACCUAUCACUGGACAAUGAAACAGGGUUGGACCCUCCAGGAAUUCGAGUCAGAGCGGUUCGGGGACUUGCUGCAGCUGACUACUUUGCACCUGGCUACUUUGUUUGGGCUGUCCUCAUUAAGAAUUUGGCUAAAAUUGGUUAUGAAGGGAAGAACAUGCAUAUGGCUUCCUAUGAUUGGAGGCUUUCUUUCCAGAAUACUGAGAUCCGGGACCAAGCUCUUAGUAGAUUGAAGAGUAAAAUCGAGCUUAUGUAUGCUACCAAUGGCCAUAAGAAAGUGGUUGUGGUGCCUCAUUCUAUGGGCAGUAUUUAUUUUCUCCACUUCAUGAAAUGGGUCGAGUCACCUCCUCCUAUGGGAGGUGGUGGUGGUCCAAGUUGGUGUGCGACGCACAUCAAAGCAAUCAUGAAUAUCGGUCCGGCAUUUCUUGGUGUUCCAAAAGCAGUGAGUAAUAUAUUUUCUGCUGAGGGUAAAGAUGUUGCUUACUUCAGAGCUAUGGCUCCUGUUGUUUUAGAGUCUGAAAUUCUUGGGCUUCAAACGUUUGAACAUAUCAUGCGGAUAUCUCGGAGCUGGGAUUCCUUGAUUUCCUUGUUGCCAAAAGGUGGAGAAACCAUUUGGGGCAACUUGGAUUGGUCUCCUGAAGAUGAGCAUAGCUGUGACUUGACAAAGAAAAAACUUCUGCAUUCCACUGCUGGUUUCACCAAUCACAACACCAGCAAUGAAAAUAUAAUUUUCCGAGAAAAAGAACCUAUGAAGUAUGGAAGAAUAAUCUCAUUUAGCAAGGAAUCAUCAGAAUUGCCCUCUUCAGAGCUUCAUAGUUAUGAUAUAAAGGAACUUCUGCGCAGGGAUUUUCCUACCAAUUUCAGCUCAUCUUGUGGAGAAGUGUGGACUGAAUAUGAUGAAGUAAGCAGGGAAAGUUUAAGAAAAAUUCCAGAAAACAAGGGUUACACAGUUCAAACCCUUUUUGAUCUGCUACGCUUUGUGGCUCCAAAAAUGAUGCAACGGGCUGAGGCUCACUUCUCUCAUGGGGUAGCUGAUAAUCUUGAUAAUCCUAAAUAUGACCAUUACAAGUACUGGUCCAAUCCACUCGAGACCAAGUUACCUGUUGCUCCAGAUAUGGAAAUAUACUGUCUAUAUGGCGUUGGACUCCCAACUGAAAGAUCAUACAUAUACAAGACAUCUCCUUCUGACAAGUGCAAGAGCAUCCCAUUCCGCAUUGAUAGCUCAGCAGAUGGAGAGACAGGCAGCUGUCUUAAAAAUGGAGCACAUUUCGUUGACGGUGAUGAUACCGUGCCCGUAUUGAGUGCUGGAUACAUGUGCACCAAAGGGUGGAGAGGAAAAACCAGAUUCAACCCGUCUGGUAUUGCUACCUAUGUAAGGGAAUAUCGGCACAAGCGAGUUAGUUUGCUCGAGGGAAGGGGUACAGAGAGUGGUUCACAUGUUGACAUCAUGGGAAAUGUGGCACUAAUCGAAGAUAUCUUACGCGUUGCUGCUGGAGCCACUGGUCAGCAGAUUGGGGGUGAUAGGAUCUACUCGGAUAUUAUGAGAAUGUCUGAGAGAAUACACCUUCAGCUGUAACCUGCAAGUAUGUUUGGAAGAAUGAUAUCCUGUAAGAAGGGAGUGGCAUUAACAAGACAGUAGUUUAUGUUUUGAGGUUCCUGGAUCCAAGUAGUGUAAUUGGCAUUUUAGAGUAAAGGCUAUGCUUUGAAGAAUAAAAAAGAAUUG